AAGAUUAGCAACAGAUGUUAGCUCAGGGCAAAUCUUUGUCAGCAAAAAAACUUAAAGUGUGAGCAGCCUCUAGUGGCCCCAGGGAAGUUUCCCAGCAUUCUCCAACUUUUCCUAAGGCCAAAAGAGCGAAGGACACUGGUGAGGAAGGGGAACCUUGGAGCCAGAUGGGCCCUCUCCCCCCAGCCAGCACCCCCUGGGAAAUAAAUUUCUGUGACAGCUUACGUUUGUUUAAAUUUUGCAAACUAACCCGUCUCACCUACACGUUUGGCUGAGCGCACGUUUCUUUCUCAUAAUCUUCAGUGUAGGAAGCGCUCCAGAACCUCGCUGCACCUUUUCCCAGGGACCCACGAACUCUGAGAAGCGUGGAGUUAAACAGAACCCACGUUCUGAGAAUCAAAGUGAAAGCUCAACUCCUUUGGAACUCAAGCUCGGUCUGUGCCCAAGGAUGGAAUAACAUGAACAAGCACAGAAAAUAGCGUGGUCUCCAUACCGCGGUGUCUUGCCCAGCAAGAAGUGCGGGGUAAUGUGAGGCUCAGAAAGAGCCGAACGAAAGCCCCCGAGUGACUGUCCGGCCUCAGCCUGAGGCUGAAGUCUGUACUCUUGAGGACGCAGGCAGCAGAGUGGACAGCCGGCACAUUCCCCUCCCUGGGCUGACCUGCCCCUUUCCACUCUGUUCAGAGAAGAGAUAGUCUGACCUUAAAAAGAUAAUAAUAAUAAGUCUUUCUGCUUCUGAUUUCUUGCCUACCACUAAGGCUCUGGGUCUAGGCUAGGAGGAAUUGUAGGACAAGAAGCAAGCCUGGUCUUCCCAGCGCCCUUGUGGGCAAACACCAGGCCAGGACAUCUGCAGAAGUUAAAGACCACGCUCCAGUGAGCCCACUCGAGAGGAAGCAACAGCCUCUCGCUGAUGGGCCUGGCACAGGAUCCCGCGUCACGGAGUGCCUCUUAUGAGACACCGGGAGGGAGACAGCGUGAGGACUGCAGGGCUGACGAUAGGUGCUGGCUGCAGUCUGGCCCAGGUGAAGGACAUCUUGGCUGGGAGGGUUUCCGAGCUCCCAGAGGAGAAAACUCAGACGUACCGAGCCCUCCUGAAGCACCUGAAGAGGCUGGCAGGCCAGCAGAUCCGGAAUAUGGCAUCCUUAGGGGGACAUAUCAUGAGCCGGCACUGCUAUUCGGAUCUGAAUCCAGUUCUGGCUGUGGGCAACACCGCCCUCAAUCUGAUGUCCAAAGAAGGGACACGGCAGAUUCCUCUAGACAGAGAUUUUCUUGCUGGGUUGGCAAGUGCAGACCUUAAGCCAGAGGAAAUUUUGGAGUCAGUGUACAUCCCUCACUCUCAAAGGUGGGAAUUUGUGUCAGCCUUCCGACAGGCUCAGUGCCAGCAGAAUGCCUUGGCCGACGUGACGGCUGGCAUGCGAGUCCUCUUCCAAGAAGGCACGGACACCAUUGAGGACCUGAGCCUGGCUUACGGAGGGGUCGGGGAUGCCACAAUCAGUGCACAGAAAUCCUGCCAGCAGCUCCUGGGCAGGCGCUGGAAUGAGCCAAUGCUGGAUGAGGCUUGCAGGCUGCUCCUGGACGAAGUCUCCCUCCCAGGCGGGGCUCCGGGGGGCAGUGUGGAAUUCAAGAGGACUCUGGUGGUCAGCUUCUUUUUCAAGUUCUACCUGGAGGUUCUGCAGGAACUGAAGAAGCCGGGCAAGCUGCUCUCUGUGCCCCUCUCGCCCUGCCUUGCACAACCCAUCUGCCCACCGCACCCCACCCCGCCGUGCAGGGUUCCUAAAGCGUCUGGUUUUCAUUCACUCCGUGAAGCCCCUCACCAGCCACAUUCACCAGGAUCGUCCUUGCUGCCGUUUAAUUCCUGAAUCAAGACACUUGAUGUGUUUCAGUGACACCCAGAGAGGCGUCCUGAUUUUACUGCUCUUCCAGAACAGCUGAGUUCUGAGAAGAGCAAUCAGGACGGGGGCUCUUUGUGUCCAGUGAACUCCAGCCCAUUCUGGGAGGGCUUGUCCAGCCCCAAACGUCCUGGCUUCUCCCCCUGCCUCUGCGGGCCAGCUG